AACACACUCCAGAGUCAUGAUUCUUCCCAUCCAUCGUUGAGAUCAUCAAUCGGAAGAAGGCUUGGCAGCCAGAUGAAUCUGAUCUGAUCGCGCCGGAUAGAGCCUAGCGUCGGGACCCUUGGCGUGCGUCAUCUUGACGGGGGAUACCAGCCAGUGAGAGGACAACCCUAUAAUAUCUUGGAAGGCAUUGCAACGAUAUCAAUUGAUCAUUAUACCUGACUUACCAUAACUCAUCUAGAACUCUGCACCUUACCUACCAUCAUGAUGAACAGAAGCCCCCGCGUUGCGACCCGCUGCCUCAGACAGCAGCGCCAAUGGCAGACCAAAGGUCGCUACCGCCAUGCUCGAUUCCAAUCCUCCUCCUCCGAAUCAUCUAGCAGCAGCAGCAGCAAUCCCGCCCUCACGGGCGGUCUCACCGGCGGGGCCGUCGCCUUGGUGGUCGGAUACGCAUGGUACCACCUAUCCGGCGCCCGGACGGUCGUCAAGACCGUGAAACAGACGCAGACCUACGCGGAUCAGGUCAAGCAAGGGAUUAUCCAGAAUGCGCCGGAGCCUGACAAAGCGCUGGAAUGGCUGCGAGAUACGCUGAAGAGCUAUGCGGCGUUUAUCCCCGGAGCGAGCCGACAUAUCGAUACCGUGUUUAGCGACCUGGAAAAGGUCAAGAGCCGGCAUGGACCGGAAGUGGAUGCCGUGGUGCGAGAUGCGUAUCGGGAAUUGAAGGAGUUGGGGAAGAAGGGGGGCUCGAAUGCGGAUACAGCGUUCCAGGCAUUGAAUGUCCUGCAGAAGCAUUUGGCCAAGUUGGUCGAUCUGUCGGGUGACGCGGCCGGGGAUGUUUUGGAUAAUCAUCCGUGGUUGCAGGAGAAGGUGGGUGGGGGGUGGGAGCAGUUGAAGGAGUUGGGAGAUGCGUAUGGGCCUCAGGCGAAGGAGGAGGUGGAUAAGACGAGGCAGCAGGUGGUGGAGGUGGUUAAGAAGGGGUUUAGUUUGGGGUCGGUGAAUGAGAUCCGGAAGCUGAUUCAGGAGAAGACGGAGAAGUUGCAGAAGUUGGGGGAUGAGGUGUGGCAGAAGGGGUUGGAGGAGAGCAAGCAAUAUCUGGACAAGAAUCCCAAGGUCAAGGAGUUGGUGGAGAAUAAUGCGGAUGCUUUGAAAAAGGGCAAUGUGAGUGAGCUGUGGGGUCUGGUCAAGGAGUCGGCGUCCUCGGGCAAGACGGACCAGGUGGAAAAGUAUGUCAAGGAGAAGGUCGACCAAGUCCAGCAGAGCGGAUCGUUCGAUCUGGACAAGUGGGCCAACAUGGUGCCAGGAGGGUCUGAGGUUCUGAACCAGUUGCAGUCGCUCCGCACGUUGCAGGAGAAGAAGGGCAAGGAGGCUGAGACCGUUCUGAAGGAGACCGUGGAAGAGAUACAGGAGGUGCUGAAGAAGAGAAAGGAGCAGAUGGAGAAGCUCGCGGGGAAGGCCAAGAAAGACAGUAACUAAUCAGGCUUUUAAAGACCACUAUACAUGUUAACGAAGCCGC